AUGUUCAUGUAUUUGCUUUUGCAGUAUGGAUUUAUAAACACAUGCCUGAAGUCUUUGGUGGUUGAAAAGUACGGUGAAGAAACAUGGGAAAAAUUAAGACUGCAGGCCGGAGUCCAGGAUUCUUUCUUGACUUUUGAGGUUUACAAAGAUGAGAUAACAAUGCAGCUUGUUGAUAAAGCCUGCAAAAUGUUAGGUAUAACUUCCAAGCCUUUCUUAUUCUUUAAGGUAUCUUUAUUUUGCUAGGUGUUCUUUGAAUUCUGUAAACGCUCAGGCUAUGACCACAUGCUGAGGACACUGGGUGGAAAUCUCUACGAGUUCAUAGAGAACCUGGAUGCAUUGCACAGCUACCUGUCCCUUUCUUACCAGGAGAUGAACGCCCCAUCUUUUAGAGUAGAAAAGAAUGAAGACGGGUCAAUGCAUUUACAUUACUAUUCAGAUAGAAGAGGUCUGUGCCAUAUUGUGCCAGGAAUCAUUGGUGCAGCAGCCCUGGAUUUUUUUAACAUUGAGAUUUCAAUGGAAAUAGUCAAUCAAACAGAGGAAGAAGAAAGAACUGGUAAAAAAGAACAUAUUGUUUUUCUUGUCACUCAAAACCCUGUAUUUUCAUACAAGGAAAGAAAUAAAUUUUCUUCCUCAACUCAAUAUCUUGCUGACUCUGAAAAACAAAUUGAAAACCAACUGAAUAAAGAGGACCUUGAAAAAGCCAAGAAUACAAUUAGAGACAGAGGAAGCUCUGUUUGUCCUGUCAAGAAAAGUCACUGGAAAACACUAAGAGGAAUAAUCACAUUAGGAAAAGGUAAGCUGCUGAGAGGAUUUGUUCCUGUUUAUCCCAAGAGCCUCUGGAUUGAUACAAAAACAUUUUGCAAUGGACUUCCUUUUCAUAUGGUUUUUGACAAAGAGCUCAGAGUGAAGCAAGCUGGGGUGAGCAUUCAAAAGAUUGUACCUGGCCUUCAGACCAUGGGCAUCUGCUUGGAUCACUAUUUCAGUAUUGUUCACCCAGAAGUACCCUUCACCAUCUCUAGCAUUCAGAAAUUCAUCAACAGCCAAUUUGUUUUCCAGACUAGAAGAGAGAUGAUGCCAGAGUCAUGGAAAAAACGGCCAAUGCUAGAGCUGAGAGGCCAGAUGAUCUGGAUGGAGUCCCUGCAGUGCAUGCUCUAUCUCUGCUCACCUUUGCUUCGCACUUUGCAUGAACUGGAGGAGCGACAGAUGCAUAUUGCAGACAUUGCACCUCAUGACGUGACCAGGGAUUUGAUUCUUCUCAAUCAGCAGCGACUGGCAGAGAUGGAGCUCUCUAACCAGCUGGAGAGGAAGAAGGAAGAACUGCGGAUACUCUCGAAGCAUCUGGAGGAAGAGAAGAAAAAGACUGAAGCUCUGCUCUACGCCAUGCUUCCUCAGCAUGUGGCCAACCAGCUGAAAGAGGGGAAGCAAGUUGAGGCAGGAGAAUUCAAGGAGUGCACCAUAUUAUUCAGCGAUGUUGUGACCUUUACCAACAUUUGUGCCCAAUGUGAGCCUAUUCAGAUAGUUCUCAUGUUAAAUUCAAUGUACCUGCAAUUUGACAGACUGACCACAGUGCAUGAUGUGUACAAGGUGGAGACAAUUGGAGAUGCCUAUAUGGUAGUAGGUGGGGUCCCUGUGCCUGUACCCACUCAUGCUGAGCGAGUUGCUAACUUUGCCUUGGGGAUGAUAAUAGCAGCUAAAGGAGUACAGAACCCAGUUUCUGGAAAUCCUAUCCAAAUUAGAGUUGGGAUCCAUACAGGUCCUGUCUUGGCUGGAGUUGUUGGAGAAAAGAUGCCUCGCUAUUGCUUGUUUGGAGACACAGUGAAUAUAGCUUCCCGGAUGGAGAGUCAUGGUGUCCCGAGUAAAAUUCAUCUAAGCUCCAGUGCCUAUCAAUGCCUAAAAUACAAGAAUUUUGAGAUGACUGAAAGAGGAGAAAUAGAAGUAAAAGGCAAAGGGAAAAUGCACACAUACUUCCUCAUUAGAAAUAAAACAGCGACUGAGAAUGAGAUUAUGGGAAGGCCAACGAAAGACUUAGAUUCUGGCCAUGAAUCGGUUCAGUCUUUUCAAGAAGGCAGGGCUGAAACAAUACCAAGUUUUCAUCAGCCAGUUACUCAGGCUCAGCCAGAGAAGGACCGGACCCCAGCCAUUGCAAUGAAGUAUAUUGAUGGCCCCACAGAUGCACAAAACAGCCUCAAAAGAAGACAGAAAGAGGAAAUUGCAGAUUUAACAGGCAAAACUUACGAUUCCAAAAGUGAUGGGAGUCUCCAUAGCAACCAGCAUGCAGAUGAUGGUCCUUGUCCUCUAAACCGGGGAAGAGUCAAACCUGCUACUGAAGAGCCACAGAUUAGAAAUGUUCGCUCUAAUUUUUGCACUUUACUCUAA